CAACUCCUUGCACCUUUAGACAUCUGCCCCAUAUACCACCCAGUCAGCCUCGUCUCAUAUAUUCCCAAAAAAAAACUGCAGCACCAGGUGCACCCGCAGCCAAGAUGGUGCUUGAAGCCACGAUGAUCAUUGUGGAUAACAGUGAGAGCAGUAGAAAUGGAGAUUAUCUUCCCACACGGUUCGAAGCUCAAGCAGACGCGAUCAACCUAAUCCACUCCGCAAAGACACAAGCCAACCCCGAAUCGUCAGUCGGGUUGAUGAGUAUGGCCGGCAAAGGUCCAGAGGUACUGGUGACUCUGACGGCGGACAUCGGUAAGAUUCUGGAUGGUCUGCAUCGAACAAAGAUCCGGGGACAAGCGCAUCUUGCCUCCAGCAUACAAGUCGCCGGCCUAGCCCUCAAACACCGCCGAGAACGCGCGCAACGCCAACGAAUCAUCGUCUUCACCUGCUCCCCGAUUGCUGAGGACGAAAAGACCCUCAUCAAACUCGCAAAGCGCAUGAAGAAAUACAACGUCUCCGUGGACUUCGUGGCCUUUGGCGACCUGGACGACGACACAAUUAAGAAACUCGAAGCCUUCAACGAGAACGUCAAUGGCGCUGACGGCUCACAUCUCGCUGUAAUACACCCCGGAGCAAACCUUCUUAGCGACUCACUGCUUACGACGCCGAUUCUGGGCGGCGAUGGGAUGGGUGUUGGGCGCACGGGUGGUGAGGAGGGGGUUGAUGAUGGGGUUGAUAUUGGCUUUGACCCCUCUGCAGAUCCGGAAUUAGCGUUUGCGUUGCGCAUGUCUCUUGAGGAGGAACAGGCGCGGAUAGAGAAAGAGAGAAAUGAGAUGGCGGAGAAGGAGAAGAGGGAGAAGGCCGUGUUGGCAGGGAUUGCAGAGGGGAGUGAGGAGACACAGCCCCUUCUCGAUAAGAAUGGGGAGCCAAGUGGGAGCGGAAGUGGCUCGAAUGAGGGGAAGAAGGAUGACAAGGAUAAGAGGGACAAUGGGGAUAAGAUGGAUACGGCAUGAUGAAACAAACGAUCUGCUUUGUGGGUUUGUUGUACUCGCUGUACUUAGAUAUCUAAAUCUUCUGUUUCCUCUGCCUUUUCCUAAUUUAGAUGCAUCGUGUGUUGUCAGGUUUUGUUAAACUAUAGACCAGACCUAACGUAACGCCAAAUAUCUAAUCCGCCAUGCC